AUGCCUUGUCUUUACAUUACGACCAACGUUAACUUAGACGGCGUUGACACCGAUCCGUUCUACUCGGAAGUCACCGGAGCCGUCGCUUCCAUUGUCGGACGACCGCAGAACUUGGUGAUGGUGGUGUUGAAGGGGUCGAUAGAGAUAGUGUUCGGUGGUAACAAAGAAGCAGCUGCAUAUGGAGAGAUUGUGUCUAUGGGAGGAAUCACCAAACAAGUAAAGAGACAACUAAUCUCGACCGUUGGUUCUAUUCUCCACACUCAUUUUUCUAUUCAUCCUAGUCGUUUUAUCUUUAAAGUUUUUGAUAUCUCAUCUUUGCCUCUUCCUUCUAAACUAUAG